UUACUGCCCUGGCCGCCGGACUGGGGCGCUUCGCCGGCGCACUCGGCCGACGACAGGGCAGGUUCGGGGCGUCCCUCUAUCCCUCGGUCCGGAGAGAAUUUCCAGCUCUGCGGCCCCGGGAUGGGGUCGGCCCCUCCGCCGCUACUGCUGGGGCUCUUCCUCCCGGCGCUCUGGAGUAGAGCUAUCACUGAGGCGAGGGAAGAAACCAAGCCCCACCUGACAUUCCCACAACCUUUGCCAAGGAGCCUGCAAGAUGACCACACGCCACUUUCCUUUCCCCACACCAGCGGGCAGCAGCCUGCCUUGAUGUUUUCACCAACCCAGCCUGGAAGACCACAUGCUGGAAAUGCAGCCGUCACCCAGGUGACCUCUGCCGAGUCGAAGCUCCUCCCACCUAUUGCAUUUAAUCACACGGUUGGACACAUAGUACUUUCUGAACAUAAGGAUGUCAAAUUUAAUUGCUCAAUCAAUGUACCUAAUAGGUACCAGGACACCACAAUUUCUUGGUGGAAAGAUGGGAAGGAAUUGCUUGGGGCACAUCAUGCAGUUACACAGUUUUAUCCAGAUGAUGAAGUUACAGCAAUAAUCGCUUCCUUCAGUAUAACCAGUGUGCAGCGUUCAGACAAUGGAUCAUACAUCUGCAAGAUGAAAAUAAAUAAUCAAGAGAUCGUGUCUGACCCCAUCUACAUCGAGGUACAAGGACUUCCUCACUUUACCAAGCAGCCUGAGAGCAUGAAUGUCACCAGAAACACAGCCUUCAACCUCACCUGUCAGGCUGUGGGCCCACCUGAGCCGGUCAACAUUUUUUGGGUUCAAAACAGCAGCCGUGUUAAUGAACGGCCUGAAAAAUCCCCCUCAGUUCUAACUGUUCCUGGUCUGACGGAGAUGGCGGUCUUCAGUUGUGAGGCCCACAAUGACAAAGGGCUGACUGUGUCCAAGGGCGUGCAGGUGAACAUCAAAGCAAUCCCCUCCCCACCAACUGCAGUCUACGUCCACAACAGUACGGCACACAGCAUUCUGAUCUCCUGGGUCCCGGGUUUUGAUGGAUACUCCCCCUUCAGAAAUUGCAGCAUUCAGGUCAAGGAAGUCGAUCCGCUGAGUAAUGGCUCAGUCAUGAUUUUUAACACCUCUGCCUCACCGCAUCUGUACCCGAUCGAGCCGCUGCAAGCCUUGGCCAAUUACAGCAUCGGUGUUUCCUGCAUGAACGAAAUAGGCUGGUCCGCAGCGAGCCCUUGGAUUCUGGCCGGCACGACCGAAGGAGCGCCAUCAGCAGCACCUUUAAACGUCACUGUGUUUCUGAAUGAAUCUAGCAAUGAUGUGGACGUCAGAUGGUUGCAGCCUCCAAUUAAGCGCCAGGAUGGGGAGCUGGUGGGCUACCGGAUCUCUCACAUGUGGCACAGUAUGGGGACUUCCAAAGAGCUGUUUGAGGAAGUCGGCCACAAUGGCAGCCGUGCUCGGAUUUCUGUUCAAGUCCACAACGCCACGUGCACAGUGAGGAUUGCUGCCGUCACCAAAGGGGGAGUCGGGCCCUUCAGUGACCCAGUGCAGAUAUUUAUCCCCACACGCGGUUGGGUAGAUUAUGCCCCCUCGUCAACUCCAGCACCUGGCAACACAGAUCCUGUGCUCAUCAUCCUUGGCUGCUUUUGUGGAUUUAUUUUGAUUGGGUUGGUUUUAUAUAUCGCCCUGGCCAUUAGAAAAAGAGUCCAGGAGACAAAGUUUGGGAACGCAUUCACAGAGGAGGAUUCUGAAUUAGUCGUAAAUUAUAUAGCAAAGAAGUCCUUCUGUCGGCGAGCCAUCGAACUUACCUUACGGAGCUUGGGAGUCAGCGAGGAACUGCAAAAUAAACUAGAAGAUGUUGUGAUUGACAGGAAUCUUCUAAUUCUUGGAAAAAUUCUGGGCGAAGGAGAGUUUGGGUCUGUAAUGGAAGGAAAUCUUAAGCAGCAAGAUGGGACCUCUCAGAAAGUGGCGGUGAAGACCAUGAAAUUGGACAACUUUUCACAGCGGGAGAUCGAGGAGUUUCUCAGUGAGGCAGCGUGUAUGAAAGACUUCAGCCACCCAAAUGUCAUCCGACUUCUAGGCGUAUGUAUAGAAAUGAGCUCUCAAGGCAUCCCAAAGCCCAUGGUGAUUUUACCCUUCAUGAAAUAUGGGGACCUGCACACCUAUUUACUGUAUUCCCGAUUGGAGACAGGACCAAAGCAUAUUCCUCUGCAGACACUAUUGAAGUUCAUGGUGGACAUUGCCCUGGGAAUGGAGUAUCUCAGCAACAGGAAUUUUCUUCAUCGAGAUUUAGCUGCUCGUAACUGCAUGUUGCGAGAUGACAUGGCCGUCUGUGUUGCGGACUUUGGCCUCUCUAAGAAGAUUUACAGUGGCGAUUACUACCGCCAAGGCCGCAUCGCUAAGAUGCCUGUGAAAUGGAUUGCCAUCGAGAGUCUUGCAGACCGAGUCUACACAAGUAAAAGUGACGUGUGGGCAUUUGGCGUGACCAUGUGGGAAAUCGCCACGCGGGGAAUGACUCCCUAUCCCGGGGUGCAGAACCAUGAGAUGUAUGACUAUCUUCUCCACGGCCACAGGCUGAAGCAGCCCGAGGACUGCCUGGAUGAGCUGUAUGAAAUAAUGUACUCUUGCUGGAGAGCUGAUCCCUUGGACCGACCUACCUUUUCAGUGUUGAGGCUGCAGCUAGAAAAGCUCUUGGAAAGUUUGCCUGAUGUUCAGGACAAAGCAGAUAUCAUUUACAUCAACACGCCGUUGCUGGAGAGCUCUGAGGGCCUGGCCGAGGGCUCUGUGCUCCCUCCGCUGGACAUGAACAUUGACCCUGACUCUAUAAUCACCUCCUGCACGCCCAGUGCUGCCAUCAGCGUGGUCACAGCAGAAGUUCACGAGAACAGACCUCACGAAGGAAGGUACAUCCUGAAUGGGGGCAGUGAGGAGUGGGAAGAUCUGGCUUCUGCCACCGCUGCUGCAGUCACAGGUGAAAAGAACAGUGUUUUCCCGGAGGACAGACUUGUAAGGAAUGGGGUCUCCUGGUCCCUCUCUAGCACCCUGCCCUUGGGGAGUCCACUGUCAGAUGAACUUUUGUUUGCUGACGACUCCUCAGAAGGCUCAGAAGUCCUGAUGUGAGGAGAGCUGGGAGGAGACAUUUCAAAAUCAAAUCCAUUCUUCUGUUUAGGAGAACCCAAUUAGACCUGACGUUUUUGGUAUUUGUUUUCCUUACCAAGUAACCUCCAUGGCCCCAAAGCACCAGAUGAAUGUUGUUGAGUAAGUCGUCAUUAAAAAUACAUAAUAUAUAUUUAUUUAAAGAGAAAAAACAUAUAUGUAUAUGGUGGAAAGAGACAAGGAUAUUAUAUUUUAAUAAAAGAUGACUUAUUUCA